UUUCAGAUAUGCUUAAAACUAUGCAAUGUUUUAUCGGAUGUUGAUAGCAGCUGAUAUCAUACAGUUUGUGUGUCCAAUGAAUAGGUUAUUGAAACGUUGCUUAUGAGAUUCAUAAAUGAAAAACUUACGCAAUUCGAUUAUCAAGAUAAGCAUGGCGUCGAUAAGCGAUAUUAUCGAUCAGCAGUCACUCACCAGUCAGCUAGUCGACGAGAGCGGUUUGAUAAUCUCCAAUGCAUCUUCAGCGUCUGCACGGCGUGUGUCCGAUGUUGGCGUGAGCGUAGAUCACGCAUCAUUGUCGCAAAAUUCAGCGCUAGUAGAUGGGCAUCGCACGCCAUCAUCUUCACCGACUUCAGCUCUCUCUGCCCACAAUGUCAUCAUAGACGAUCAUAAUGUGGUUGCACAUACAGUGGUAACAACCAGUGAUGGGACCAUCACAGACGUAGAAGGUGCUGGCCCGGUCGUAAUGGUACGCACAAUUAUUGAUGGCCUUAGUCAUAGUCCAGUGCAUUCGACAUUUCAAACGUCAACAACAGUUUCUGCUCAAAGUCAGCAUGAACAACAGUUGAAUAGGCAGCAUUUAGUCAAUCAUCAUCACCAUUUAUAUCAACACCAACAGCAUCAUCAGCUUGUGACACCGCAUCAUCAACAGCUGUUACAAAUUGCAAAUGGACAUCAAAAUCUCCAAGGUCAGCAUCACACCCAGCAAAAUCAAAAAGAUCAUUUACGUGAUGGUAGCCCUGUGAACUUUGUAGGCUCCGAUGUUACUCUUGAUGAAUUGUCAGUUUGUUCUUCGCCAAACUCUGGCACUGUAACAAACAUUAUUGAUAUCAAACAGGAGGACAAAGUGGUUGUAAUAGAGGAGCAUGACGAAGGCAGUAAGAAGAUUGGUAAGCAAAGAGAUGAAAAUCAUUGUAGCGACCGUAGAACCCUAGAUGUAUCUCACAUUGAUGUUGACGUCGGUGUGGGUGGAAUCGAUGAUCUUUCAACGGACGCAGUGGAGGUGACAUUAAAUCAACAUCACCACCAACAUGUUCAAUUACACCAACAGCAAUUGUUGCACCAUCACUAUGUGAGCGCUGGAGGUAGUAGAAAUGGCAGCAAUUCGAUGUCGCGGAAUUCCCAUGAUAGUUUACAUGAAUGUCAGCAGUCACAUCAUGUUCAUCAGGUUGGCGUAUCAAAUAACAACUAUAGCAAUACGAUUUCUGCACCACAGACAAGUGAUCACCAAGCAUCACAUCAUGAAGCUUUGACAGUAAUUGUGCAACAACAUGAAGAUUCCCGUGACUCGACUUCUCAUAUGCUUAGUCCAGAGAUAGGUGCUGUAGAUGAAAACUCUCUGCAGCCGACUUCUUAUCAAACUUUGACAUCGGUGAAUGAGCGCAUUUCUCCGCCCAGCUUUAGCCCAACAUCUUCAUAUGCGACAUUGACACCGUUGCAACCAUUACCACCUAUAUCAACAAUGUCUGAUAAGUUUGCUUACGGUGGCCAUAUAAAUGGCGGUGGUGUAAGCGUCGGUGGUAAUUGUGUUGGAGGGGGUGCUGGUAGUAAUAGUAAUUCCUCAUCGAGUGGCGUUGGGCCAUUCGCGGUAAUGCCGCAUCAGGGCAGUCUGGGUGGUCUUAGUUUAAGCAGCCUUAGUGGAGUACAAUCGCCAUAUUCUUCUUAUGAUAAGCUACCAUCAAUAGGUAUGUCAAUGUCACCACCACACAAUUAUGGUACCUCACCAUCGCAUACUUUAUCGGGCAUGGUGGUAGCGUGUGAAUUACAUACUGCAUCGCCUAGCCCAUGUGGUGCCCUCUCUCCACAAUCUGCAUAUAGCCAUUCUACUGAAUUGCACUCUCCUACGCUAUCGUCUACCUGUAAAACAACUACCGAUGGUAUUAUCACUAACAAUGUCUGCGGUAACACCAAUCUUACUACUGGGACAACAUCUCUUCAUAUUAACCAGUCUAAUUCACGAAAGCAUGUUAUAUGUCUUUCCCAACCUGUAACUAUUAGUAAUGGAACGGUGGUUGGAGAAAAUGUUGUUGUAACGGGUUACGAAUCACCAUACAGUAUACAUCAGCGUGAUCUCUUGGUGACUUCAACACCAUCGUCCCCCUCCACAUCCGGAGAACGAAGAUCCCGUUUGCAAUUACAGCACAGCCCUAUUUUGAGUCCACAUUCGGUAUCAGCUGGUUCAGUAUCGUUAAAUUCUCCUGGAAGCUGUAGUAUGAUCAAUCAACCUGUCGUAACAUUGCCGCCCAUAAAUGGAGCAAUGGCAACUUUAUCCGCUGCUUCGCUAGGCAGUAGAGAUAUCCCUGACAUUUCACGCCUGGAACAAGAUGCUGUUGCAGUAUCGCUUACACCAUCGCCUCCGCCAAACGAUAUGGUGGGAACAGCUACAACUCUUCUCACCAUCCAUCAACCCGUGGGUCAUGCCCAUUCACAGCAGCAGCAUUUAGUCACUGUAACAUCACAACAGCACCACAUUGGCAAACAGUCACAUCCUGUAACCAGCGACUGCAACUUAAAUGUUAGCAGCAGUAGCUUGCGUCUCUCCAAUGUAAUGGGUGGACAAAAUUUGCUUAGCAACAACAAUACUUUGUGCAAUAUGGGACAGCCGCAGCGCCAACUUUCUCAACAGCAUUCUCAAAGUGAUCAAAAACAACAGCACUUACAACUUAAUAUCCAACAUGUAACAACUAUUAAUAAUGGUAGUAACAGUUCGAGUGGAUCUAGUGGUUGCAAUACAACAGGUGGCGGUGGCAGUACCUGUAGUAGCAGUGGGGGAGCAAGUGGCGGUGCUGGCAUUGGAAGUGGUGCUCUCACCAGCAGUGCCGAUAUGGAGGAAAUCAAUACUAAAGAGCUGGCCCAGCGUAUAUCUGCUGAAUUGAAACGAUAUAGUAUUCCGCAGGCAAUAUUUGCACAGCGCGUGCUUUGUCGUUCGCAAGGUACACUUUCCGAUCUCCUGCGUAACCCCAAGCCUUGGUCAAAACUCAAGUCUGGCCGCGAGACUUUCCGACGUAUGUUCAAAUGGUUACAAGAACCAGAGUUUCAACGAAUGUCAGCCCUACGGAUGGCAGCAGCACAGAUACCCCAACGCAGUAACACCAGCAACAAUAGCGGCCUAGUGAGCAAUUCAACUAGUGUUGGUACUAACAACGUUGUUGUUUCAAAUAUAUCCAAUUGUGGUAAUGUAAGCGGAAAUGGGGUGUGCCGUCGUAAAGAAGAGCCUCAUAUAGAGCAUAUGCCCCAACCAAAGAAGCCGCGACUGGUAUUCACUGAUCUGCAGAGACGAACACUUCAAGCAAUAUUUAAAGAAACAAAGAGGCCUUCGAAAGAGAUGCAAGUAACAAUUGCUCGUCAAUUGGGAUUAGAACCGACCACGGUAGGGAAUUUCUUUAUGAAUGCACGUCGUCGUUCUAUGGAUAAAUGGCGCGAUGAUGAUUCAAUAGGUUUAGGCAUGCAUCGUCAUUGUAGCAGUGGCAACGGAAACAAUCGCUUAAGUAAUAAUAAUAGCAAUAAUAAUCACCGCAACCAUCAUUACCAACAAUAUCAGCAUUUACAUCAACAUCAUCAGUCGCUUUCGCCGAGCAACCAGCAUUCAUUAGAUUUGGAUGAUGAUGCUGAUAUGGAUUUGGACUUGAGCCAUGAUGAUUUCGACCUAGAAGGCGAACACGAUAAUAAUCCAGCUAAUCACGAUAUGUUGUGACACCAUACAGAGAAGA